AUGGGAAACAUAACCAAGAGAGGCAACGAGGGGCGGGCAGCCGAUGGGCCCAGGGCCCUGGAGGGCGGCACAGCGGCCACGCUGCACGUCCAGCUCUGCGAGGCCAUCAUGCGACAGGACUGCGCCGCGCUCCGGGCCCUGCUGAGGAGCCACCCCGUAAACCAGCCCAUGACCGUCCCGGCCAGCUCCACGGGCUAUAGCCUGGCCAACUCCAGGCAGUUCCUCAGCCAGGAGACGCUGUCCUUCCCCCCCAUCCACCUGGCAGCCAAAUACCUCAAGGCGCAGAGUCUGCUUUGCCUGCUGGAGCGCGGGGCUGACCCGGAAGUCCGGGACACACAAGGCUUCACCACCCUGCACCUGAUGCUGCUGAACUGGCCCAUCACCUCGACCACGGGGACGAAGCCGAGGAACAAGAUCCAAAUGAUGCUGACGGACAUCCAGAGCAACGCCGUCCUGUGCCUCCGCAUCCUGUGCGCGCACGGGGCCCAGGUGAAUGCGCGGGUGGACAGCGGCCACAGGCACUGCCCGCUGCACCUGGCCACCAUCUACGGGACCCACUUGGUCCUGUCCAUCCUGGUGCAGAACGGGGCCCAGGUCAAUGCCCAGAAUGGGUCCAGCAUGACGCCCCUGCACAUGGCUGCCGACAUACUCAACAAGGAGAUGAUGGAAACUCUGAUUGCCUGGGGGGCCAACGUCAACUGCGCCAUCUCCUCCACAGGCAACACGGCCCUGAAGCUGGCGGUGUGCACCGCGUCGAGCAAGGCCGGCCGGCUGCUGGCGGCGGGCCUCGGCUGCAUUCGCCUACUCCUGGUCCACGGGGCCCAGGUCAACGCCCGGGACCAUGACGGUCAGGCCGCCAUCCACGAGGCGUGUUUCGGAGGCAGGGAGGUGAUCAUCAACCUCCUGCUCGAAUUUGAAGCCAACGUGAACAUCUUAACAAGAAACGGGGAGUCUCCGAUACACAUGUACCUCCAGCGUGGCUCCAACAUACGAGACACGGCCCUUCUCGCCAGGCUGCUCUUCCGCUCUUACCCUCUGAGGCUGACCAACAACCAAGGAAACCUACCUGCGGGGAUCCUGCUCCCGGAAUUCCACCUCCUAAGGGAAACCCUCCUAAAGCUAUCUCAGAAGCCCUUAUCCCUGGAAGACAUCUGUAAAAGAAAUGUCAGAAAUAUUUAUGGGGAGAAGCACAAACAGCUCUUGAGGCGGCUUCUCCCGGGGGAGAUGUGGAGCUCUGUCUAUGGCCAUCACGACUUAGCUCAGCUCCUGAAAUAA